CCCAAUAUGAGUAAGUUUGUUACUCCGUAUGUUUGAAAAAAAUUUGUUAAUUAUCACAAUUAUGUUGUCAUAUUAAAGCCUCACAACCCGAAGUUGUGAUACUAAAAUUUGAAAAUUACAGUAAGUUACUCCUAUUUAUAUGAUAUAUAUAUUUUUUUUAUCUAAUUUCAUGUAACAUCCAUUUAUGAAUGUUAAACAAGUUAUUUGGACAUAUAACACUGAAUAAGUAAGAGCUUCGCUGGUAACUAUUGUUUUAAGCUUACCAACCUUAUAAAUUAAUUUGUGAAAUAAUGACCAAAAUAAUAGUAUUGACUUUAAAAUUGACACAAAUGUGACCAAAAAUUCGUAUGGACAAAAAAGAGACUAAAUGAAAAUGGGACACCCAAAAUGCCCCCAACCCAAACAUCUGGAUUGUUCCUUCUUCGUUGCAAAGGGUUGUCCGCAUCUCUGCCCCCCCCACAGCAAAUCGUCACUCGACCUCUCUGUUGAAGCACCACUGGUCGGAACUUCAUCUCGUGCCGCCACCGUAGGUCCAUAUCUUCAUCCCGCGCCACUAUCACCGAAGCUAAACCAACCGGCCAAUCGAUCUCACAUCGUCGCCUACCUCCAUCCCUGAGCCUCUCGUAGCCACGUCUUCAUCUUUGUUUCUUUUCCUUUCUUUCUCGCAACGUAUCGAUGUUGAAGAUUUAGACCUGGAUGGUCUUUGUUCGCUCUAGAGUAUCUCGCCGGAGGUAGGGUUAAUUAGGGGUUGCGGCACAACUAGGGUUAGGAGACAGUGUGAUUGGGGGCAACGACAACAUGUGGGGGACAAUGUUGGGAUGGUGGUGGGGAUGCGAGGUGGCUGGGGCAUCAUAGGCGAGCUUGAGAGGGGGUUGUGUCUGGGGUUAGGGUAGGGGCUAGGGCAGGGUGGUGGCAACGGUUUCUAGAUGGGCGGCGUUGGCUGGAGGUAAUGGUCGUCGACGGUGGUCGGAGGUGGUGAUCGUCGGCUGUGGUCGGAGGUGGUGGUCAUCGUCGGUGGCCGGAGGUAGUGGACGGCGGUAGUGGUCGCAGGCAGUGUUGGCCGUCGGUGGUUAUUACGAGACUAGGUAAUUGAGAGUUGUUGGACUGGGUGUUGUAAUUGGACGUUGUCAGAUAAUUGUAACUGCUUGAAUUCGAUAAUCCUAACCGACAAGUUGGUAACUGUAACCGGUGAGUUGGAUAACUGUAAGUGGUUGGGUCGGAUAUUUGUAACUGGUCGGAUCAGGUAACUAUAACUGGUGGGAUCGGGUAAUUGUAACUAGGCAAGUCAGAUAACUGUAACUGGGGGGGUCGGGUAACUGUAACUGGACGGGUCGAGUAACUGGACAGGUUUAGUAACUGUAACUGGAUGAGUCAGGUUGAUGGAUAGUCUACCCGGGGGGUAUCUUAUCCGAAGGGUUACUGCGGAAAUAACUAGAGAGAAGUCAGAGUAAAAUAGGAGGAGAGAGAGUCGAUUUUAUUAAAUGAACUCAGCGUGGAGUUGAGAUGUAGAUUGUGUCCAUUACAAGGAGAAAUAGGCUGCUAUUUAUAGCAGCAAUAAAUGCGAUGAGGGGACACGUGUCAGUAAUCCAACGGCCGAAGGGUCACAUCAGCCUAGUGGUGCUGGCAGUGGUACGUCAACCGCAUUGAAUGCGGUUGGCGGAUGCGACGUGGCAUUAAAUGCGGUGGUUGGCUGUCUCUAAAAGGAAUCUUCGAUGAUUGAGCUAGUUCAGCCGUAGGCUUCUUGCGUAGCCGAGGGCUCCUUGUGUAGCCGAAGGCUUGGCUGAGCCGAGGGAUUCCCCUGGUGCCGAGGGCUCCAUAGUGCCGAGGGCUCCCGUUUUCUGUCAAUUUCUCCCAGUAGCUUCGCAUGGUCGAAUAUGGCGGUUCUGUGAGUUCUGGAGCCUUCGGCCAAGGUGGCCGAAGGCAUCCCUGUGUGUACCGUGGCCUUCUUGACGCUUGGGCCGCCGAAUCUUGGGCCUCCUGAGCUCCUUGAGCUUGUUGGGCUUGUGAUAGAUUAGUAGGAGUCUUUGGGCCGGGGGUUCCUGGGCCAUAUACUCCAUCAGGAGUCCCUCACUCCUUUUGCCGAAAGGUACUUGAGGGAAAAGGAGUAGAUGUGAUGAUUCUUCCGGGGGCUUCAUCGCCUGUCUGGGUGCCUUUGUUUGAGAACUUGUCUUCUGUUGAUUGCCGAAGGCUUCCCUCAGUCCCCCACAUGUCGAGGGUUUUCUGAGGGAAGGUACUCGUAACCUUCGUAUGUUCGCCGGGGGCUCCCCCUCAGUCCCUCAUACGUCGAGGGUUUUCUGAGGAAAGCAUAGAUGUCUUGUCUGCAUGUAUUGUGAUGUUUGCCCGGAGGCCGUAUGCGUCAAUUGUAAAUUGUUGCAUGAAGAAUUUUUGGUUGUGUAUGAUCCCCGAGGGGUGUAUCCCAGUCUCCCACUCCUUUAGGCCGAAGGCAAGUUCGGGCUGAAGGAGUUAUGAUGAGUUGAUGAUCCCCCGAGGGGUGAUAACAUUGACAAGCCGAAGGCUUAUACUGCUACGGGCUCGAAGGCGUUUGGUGGAAUCAUUUGUCCGUAGGGUGUGGCGGGUGAUAGCCGGAGGCUAUCAUUCGAAGGCACUUCAGUGGUGCCGGAAUAUAGUCGUUGUAAUAUAGCCGUUGGAGGAGGGGUUGACGUGGCGUGCCCUUGUUGGUUGGGGGUGGGCGGCUGUCAUUCAUUGGCUGAGGCGGCGGCCCGUAAUGAUGGGCUUUUCAAAUCGAGGCCCAGUUCUCGAGGCCCACUGCCUAUAAAUACCCUGAGCCUGAGCUCAUUUGUUCUUGUGCGAACUUAGAGAGAUAGCGGAGCUCUGCCAUUUUUUCUAGAGAGAGAAACUUCAGCCUUCGAUCAAACGCAAUCUUUGAGGUCAGUUCUUCCUCCUUUCCCACACACUUAGCGUAUUUCGCUUCACUGGCCUUAAAUCUAGUGUUAGGGAAUACUUAGGAGCCUCCAGUUAGUUCUCUUAUAUUCCCCCUUUUCCCUGUUCUCGAGAAGAUGUCUUCGGCCAGCGACUCCCAAGAUAUUUCCGUGGAGGCCCCGGUUCAAUCGGAGAGCUAUUCCGAGGUUGAGUCCUCAAGUGACCACUCGUCGGUCAACAAUGACGCUGCCAUCGCCGAGGAAGUCCAAGACACCCUUCGGACUGAGCUGGAGGCGGAGGACUUCGAGCAGGUGGCGGAAGACGAAGAGCUUGCCCUCGCGCUCCAAGUCGCCGAGGAAGAGGAAGAGAAAGAGCGGCAGAGGGUGACCGUCGCCGCACUCCCCCUUCGUGGCGCCGGCGAAGCCAGUAGCUCCCGGCCCCUAGAUCCGGAACCGAUAAGUGUCGCUCCCGGGAAAAAGAAGAAGAAGACCCAGGCGGCCACGAAGAAGAAGCAGGCUGCUAUCGACGCGGGUCAGCCGGUGGGAAUACCCGAGGGCCACUCGUAUCUCAACACCGCCGCCCUCGAAUUGAAAACGAAGGCCGGGGAGGCGGAGUAUCUCAAAAUUCAACUGUUGGUCGGUCCGUCGGCACAGGUGGUGGUUCCGGGGCCUGACGAUGUGUUAUUGCAUCCUCCAGAGGGCUGUUACGCGGUGCACAUCCUUUCGGUGGAGUUGGGUCUCCGAUUCCCGCUCCACCCUUUUCUGGUGGAAUACCUUCGGUUCGUGGGUCUCGCUCCUUGCCAACUGACCCCGAAUAGUCAUUCGUACAUCACAGGGUUUCUCUCGCAAUGUCGAAGCCGAGGGGUUGUCCCCACAUUGGAUCAAUUUUUUCUAUCCUUCAACCUGUGUCGAGGGGGUGCUGCCAAUAGCGAGGGCUUCGCCAACCUCCAACAAGUGCCGGCGUGGAGGCUUUUCUCGGAGGUGCCUUCGUCUCACAAGGGAUGGAGGGACCGUUUCUGUUACCUCAGGAUGCCGGGAGUGACCUUCCCGAGGCCUCUUCGCAACCAUUUUCAGAGACACCCUAAGGUGGGCAACGCUGCCCUUGAGGCCAAUGGGAGAAAGCUGAAGGCGAAGCCGCCUGGUUCAGAAAAGCUGACGACUAUCAAGGCUGCCACGCUUCCGGACGAGCUGCUCAAAUUAGAAUUUCAGCGGUAUCGCUUGCCGGGGGAGAAGGAUGAGAGAUAUCCUCUCCUUGACCGGGGCUCUCCGGGUAUCAGAGGUGGUUGCCGAGGGCCCUUGUUGUUUAGUGCUUAGAGACGUAAGUCUUUGAUUUGCUUUUGAUUCUAACUCCUUCUUGUUCUUUUGCAGGCGAUUUCAUGGAUCCGAAAGCUUUCUCUAAGCUGUCCCGGCAACUGGCCAAGGAUAAGAAGAAGAAGGAGGAGAGGCCUCCGACGCAACCGCAGGUGGACGCCCUUUUGAAGAAGCAGGAGACCCCUGAGGGCCAAGGCCCCCCGAAGGGGACUGCAAUCGCUGGUGCCGGUACUGAUGCCGGAGGCUCCAAGGAGGGGGAGCUUAAGCGGAAAAACGCCGGGAAGGGCGUCAAGCCUCCGGAAAGGAAGAAAUCGAAGGGGGACGCUGAGCCAAAGGAUACCCCCCUGGUGAUCAUUGACGAUCCCCCCGCCGGCCAACCGUCAGCCUCUGCUCCCCUGGAGGAUCUUGUCGAGGGGGCCUGGCCCCUUGAGACUGUACACUUCCCAAUCAAAAAGGGAACAGCCAUCAUGCAUGGCACCCUCGACCCGAGGGAGUUCUUGAAGGGUGCCACUCCCUCGGUAGAUCGGUCCACCCUCAGCCGGUUUGGGGAUGAAGCCCUCGAACUCAAGGCUCUCCAAGCUUCGGCCACCGUAAGUGUUUAGAUUUUUUGCGCCCUUAAUCCCUCUUUUCUUUUCUUUCCUUUGAACAAUCUGAUAUUGAGUGCCUCCUUAUAUGUUUGCAGGCGAGCCUGGCCUUCGGGGAACUGGUUCGUAGGGCGGAGCAGCAUCGCCUUGAGAGGGCUAAAUCCGCCGAGGUGACGAGGAAGCUGGUGGCCAACAAUACUGAGGCCAUUCGGCAGCUGGCGAAUUUGGAGGAGGCCCUCCGGCAGGCGGAGAAGAAACUGGAGGCAGCCAAGGAGGAAGCCCGGGCCGAGGGGAAAGCUGAAGCCGAGAGGGCCGCUGCUGAGUCCGCUAGGAUAGCCGCCGAGAAGGCUGAGGAGGCUAAAGCGGAAGCUAUCUCUAAGGCCAGGGAGGAGGCGGUGGCGGCUUUUAUUGCCGAUGGCUGGAAGGCCGAAGAGCAGAAGCAGUGGGUGGCCUCAGUGGUGGAGGCUUCUGCCGAUGGCUGGGUGAAGGGGUCCGGGGCCAUGUGGUUGGCGCUGAAAGGCAAAAGUUUCUUCGAAGGCGGACAGUACUUCACUCAAGCCCUGAUUUAUCGCAAGUUGGCCCGGCACCAUGGGGUGGACCCGAAAGAGUUCGACCCGACCCCGUUUGGUCUUCCCCCUCUGCUUCCUGACCUCCAAACCCCCAUGCCCGAAGGCGAGGAGAGGCCUUUGCUCGAGGACUCAGAGAUGGACAAGCUGGCCUCGGAUGAUGAGGAAGAAGCUGAGGAUGAUGCAGCCUCGAAACUGAAGGAUGACGUCACCGGGGGGGGGCCAGGCUUGAGAUUUUACUUGCCAUAUUUUGAUGUAAUAGUUGUAGGCCUCGGCCUCGGCCUUAUUUGUAAACAAACAUCCUUUGUUAACACUGUUUUUUUUUUUAAUGAAUGCAAUAUGCCUCCGGGCUUCUUAUAUGAAUGAAUGUGCCUCCAUGUUUUGUCUGCCUUCGUUCCUUUUCCUUAUGAAUGAAUGCCUUUCGUCCUUUUUGCGCUUGUGUUUCAAUUUGCUGCCUCCGUGUAUGAAUGUAUGCUUUUGUUUCCUUCCGUAUGUUUGGCAGAGGGCAAAACUUUGUGGACUUAGAAUAUUUUCUAAGUAGAACCUGGCCACAGCCUUCGGCUGCACUGUAGAUUCGCCGGGGCUCAUCAUUGUGGACUUAGAAAAUAUUCUAAGUAAAAACUAGUUGCAUUGCAGGCCCUCAUUAUAGUAGCGUGACUCUCGGCCGGGGGCCGUCGGUCAUGAGUCUGUAGGUGAAGAAUAGCCCUACCGAAGGGUCCACAUUUGUGGACUUAGUCAUUUUCUCACCAACUUUCAACUGGUGUUGUAACGAAUCCUUCGAGUGUGGGAACUGCCUGAGCCCCCGGUGCAUAUGUUUGCCGAGGGGUUCGAAAUUAUGGACUUAGUGAAAUUGUGAGACUUUGUCUUCAACAGAUCUAGUGAGUAGCCUCCGGUUCGUGUAGAUAAUAGAUUCGGCUUGCCUUAGAAUUUUGUGUAUCCUUCGGUAUGUAAGCCCUCUUCUUAUGCCUUUGGUGGAGUUCCUGUACUCCAAAGUUUUACGCAGUGAAGCCUUCGGCCUUGUGGUCGGAUGACUUGUUGUUUGCCAGAUUUUCUUGUGAAUCUGUAGGAGCCUUCGGGAAUGUAUAUCCGAAGUGUUGAGCCUCCGGGGAGAAUAGUAUCCGGGGAGUUCCUUCCCUCCUACACCUUUUUUUUUUUUUUUUUUUUUUUUUUUUUUUUUUUUUAGAUCGUGUAGGAGAGGCAUCUAGAAACUUGGUUUCUAGGAAAGGCUUGGCCUAUAUGGGAGGCAACGGAAUAAACCGUUGGCUCCCCCUUCGGGAAUGACCUUCCGAUAUCCCGAAGGGUUUGAGGGUCGUUUCCUCGGCCCGAGACAUCGUCUGUUGCCUGCUUCCCCUUGGGGGAUAGCACGGAAAGCGCCUCGGUUUUGAAAGUCGUCCCCUCAGCCCGAGACAUGGUCUGUUGCCUGCUUCCCCUUGGGGGAUAGCGCGGGGAGCGUUUCGUUUGUGGAAGUCGAAUCCUGGGCCCGGGACAUGGUCCGUGGCCUGCCUCCCCUUGGGGGAUGGCGCGGAAAGCGUUCCUGGGAAGGGUUUUAUUCGUGUGUGGAACACAAAUAGCCGGGGGCACUUGGUACCAGCCGGAGCCGAGGGGUGUUGUACCCCCCGUUUUUUUUUUUUUUUUUUUUUUUUUUUUUUUUUUUUUGUAGGAAAAAGUUUUUGAAAACACUUGGUGUCUUCAAAGAGUGAUGGGGGUGACCCAUACACUUGGUACUUGGUACCUAAACUGUUGUUCCUCCUCAUAAGAGGGAGUGGCCUCGGGCCUUUUACGGUGAAGAGAUGAGGGCUUGGCCACUCAUGUGUAGGAGAGAAGGGGGGGCCUUGGGCCACUUGUGUAAUAUGUAGGUGAUAAAGGCUUGGCCUUUUGAUUAUUCUUCAAGAACAGAUGGGGCCUUGGGCCAUUGAUAUUUACACUCGUUGAGGAUGAGGGCUUGGCCGCUCAUUGAUAAAACUUGACUAGGUGGUGCACAUUCCAAUGUCUAGGAAUCUCCGUCCCAUUAGGACGUUUUAAUUUGUAUGUCCCUGGUUUGAUGAUGGCCGAGAUGAUGUAGGGGCCCUCAAACUUAGGUGCCAUCUUGCCGCCUUCGGUGGGUAGACUGGCCUCCCUUCGUCGGAGGACGUAGUCUCCCACCUGGAAUUCCCGGGAGCGGACCUUGGCGUCGAUGUAUCCUUUGACUUGUCUCCUAUAGUUUUCGGCCCUGAGAAAAGCUUGCUCUCGGCGUUCUGAGAUGAGAUGAAGGUCGAGGGCCAUGUUGGCUUCGUUUGCCUCGGGCUCAUAUUGCUCAACCCUUCGGGUGGGAAGAGUUACUUCUGUGGGAGCCUUAGCCUCAAAGCCAUAGCAUAGGGAGAAGGGGGUUUCGCCUGUUGCACGCCGAGGGGUGGUGCGGUAGGCCCAUAAGAUGUUGUGGAGCUCUUCUACCCAGCCUCCCCCUUCGGCUUCCAGCUUCUUCUUCAACCCUUCGAGGAGGGUGCGGUUGGCAUUUUCUACUUGUCCGUUGCCCUGAGGGUAGGCAACGGAAGAGAAUGUGUGCUUGAUGCCCCAAGCUUCAAGGAGGGCACAGAAGGGGGCUGCUUCGAAUUGAGUCCCGUUGUCGGAGAUGAUUUGUUGGGGGACGCCAAACCUUGUGAGAAUAUUUUUGAGAACAAAGUGGCGGCACCGGGCUUCAGUGAUGCUGGCGAGGGGUUCGGCCUCUACCCAUUUGGUGAAGUAGUCAAUGGCCACAAUGAUAUACCUGUUGUUGGAGGUACCCCUCGGCAGAGGGCCUACUAAGUCAAUCCCCCAUCUGGAGAAGGGUAUAGCGGUGCUGAUGGGGGCGUAGUUGACAGCUGGUCUGCCGGGGGCCUUCUGAAAGUGCUGACAAGCGCUGCACCUUCGGGCUAGAUCAGCGCAAUCUCUAGCCAUCGUGGGCCAGAAGUAACCUUGGACGAUGAGCCUUCGGGACAUGGAGAAGGGUCCCUGGUGAGCUGAGCAAGUGCCACUGUGCACCUCUUCCAUGGCGACUUCGGCUUCAUCUUGAUGAAGGCAUCGAAGGAGGGUGCCGUUGUAAGAUCUCUUGUAAAGCCUCCCGUUUUCAAUGGUGUAGCUGGGAGCCCUCAGCUUUGUUAAUCUUGCGCGGGCCUCAUCUUGGGGCAGUUGUCCUGUGUUGAUGAAGGCGAUGAUGUCGGAGAUCCAAUCCUCCGGCCUUAGGUUAAUGUUCAUCACGGGGCUCGCGUGGAUGCUCGAGAGGCUGAGUUCCUCCAUUCUUGCAAUUUUUGAGAGGUGCUCGGGGGAUUCAUCCGAGAGCUUGGAUAGAAUGUCGGCCUCGGAGUUUUGAGCCCUCGGUAUUUGGGUGAGAGAAUGUGCCUCAAACACUUUGAGCAACUCCUUAGCCGCUUCCUUGUAUUGUUUCAUCCUUCCUUCCUUAGCUUCGUACUCCCCGGAAACUUGGCCCACAACAAGUUUGGAGUCACACUUGACGUGGAUCAUCUUAGCCUUCAGAUUUGCUGCCAGCCGGAGACUUUGAAGGAGAAGCGGAUGGCAUAAUAGGCGCGGAAGCCCUCGGGUGUAAUGAGGACCACCCCUCCUCCGCAUGCUUUGGUGGCUGAGGAGCCGUCGGUGUAGAGGGUCCACCACUCAUCAAGGGGUGCCGAAGGCUCCUCAUCCACCGCUGAUCUUGCGGUGCACUCUGUCACGAAGUCUGCCAGGGCUUGGCCCUUAAUGGCAGGCCUCGGACGGAUGUCUAUGUUGUACUGGCUGAGGAAGAUGGCCCAUUUUACCAUCCGGGAGGAGCUAGUGGGACUCCUCAUGAGGGCGCCGAGGGGUUGAUGAGUGAGCACUUGGACUGGAUGAGCUUGAAAGUAGUGGCCAAGCUUCUUGACGGUCCAAACGACGGCUAGCACCGUCUUCUCGACGGGAGAAUACCUGAGUUCGGCCUCCCGGAGGGUUUUGCUGACGUAGAAGAUGGCAUGUUGGAUGCCGUCUUCCUCCCGGAUCAGCACUGAGCUGAUAGCCGCGGGGCUAACACCGAGAUAUAAGUAUAAAGUUUCCCCCACCUUAGGUUUGGAGAGCACUGGGGGAGAAGAAAGGUACUUCUUGAGUUCAUCGAAGGCCUCUUGACAUUCAGAUGUCCAUUGAAAACCCGCCGUCUUCCUCAUUAUUUGGAAGAAGGGGAG